GAAGAGGAAGUAACGAGGAUCCACAGACCAAGGAGCCCGAUCACUACACCGGCUCUCGGAAAGAGGGAGGGAGGAACGGGAGACCAAACGCCCCAAGGAAGGAAGCAAACCCCAGAGAUGAGCAGAGAGGCUCCCACAGAAAGCACCCUACCUGUCCCCACUGCCGUGGCAGGACCUAGCAGUCCCAAGAAGGGACCCCCCAAGUUCAAGCAGAGGACCACCCGCACCUUUAAGAGCAAGGCCCCGAAGCCCGGACAGAAAGGGUUUGGAGACGACAUCCCAGGAAUGGAGGGUCUCGGCACAGAUAUCACUGUCAUCUGUCCCUGGGAAGCCUUCGGUGACAUGGAGCUCAGUGACCUGGCCAAAUUCGGCAUCAUCUGAACCUCCUUCUUCCACCCCCACCUCUUACCGUCGCUCACCAUUCCCCAGUCGGACCCCAGGCUACACCAUCCACACUUUCCACAUGGACUUCCCAUUUGGACCCCAGGCUACACCAUCCACACUUUCCACAUGGACUCCCCAUUCGGACCCCAGGCUACAUCAUCCACACUUUCCACAUGGACUCCCCAUUCGGACCCCAGGCUACACCAUCCACACUUUCCACAUGGACUCCCCAGUCGGACCCCAGGCUACACCAUCCACACUUUCCACAUGGACUCCCCAGUCGGACCCCAGGCUACACCAUCCACACUUUCCACAUGGAUAUGCCUUUGGGGCCCCAGAUUACAAUGAGGAUCUGAUUAAAUAUGCACCAUACUCUGAUUUCCCCAGACAACACUACCCUCAAGGGCAACCUGUAACAAAGAAAGAUGUGUGCAACCAUAAAUGUGUCGUUAAAUGUCACUGCGACUGAAAUUAUUGUGUAUCAAAGACAUACAAUGCAGAGCCAAUUUUACCUUAGCGCUACAGCUCAGGAAUAACAAUCUAUAUUUUACAAAUGUAUUAUUUUUCCACAAAACAAAUGUAUUUUUGCUACCUUGUGUUUUCUUGUAUUUCAGCAAGUAUUGCAUGUUUUAUAAUGU